CAAGAAUAUUCGUAACGCCCCGAGAAGGCCUCGGGCGAUUCCUAGACCCUGCUUACGUAUCGUCUCCGCCGUACGUAGCGUUAAGUUGGAGCAGUCUCAGAGGCGGCCGCCAUUUUGUGCAGUCGCUGGGAAGGAAGGAGACGCCUAGACCGCGGCGCUGCCGGGUUUGAGCGUAGCCAAACCUACCCAUCGCUUUUAUAACCCCGAUUCUCUGUGUUUUGCUCCCGUCUCCGACGAGAGAGGCGGCGACGGUGGCGUCUGCGACGGGAGACAGCGCGUCGGAGCGAGAAAGCGCCGCGCCUGCCGCCGCCCCAACAGCGGAGGCGCCGCCGCCAUCGGUCGUCACCAGACCGGAGCCGCAGGCCCUCCCGAGCCCGGCCAUCCGUGCCCCGCUCCCAGAUCUCUACCCAUUUGGGACCAUGCGCGGAGGCGGCUUUGGGGACCGGGACCGGGACCGGGACCGUGGCGGAUUUGGAGCAAGAGGCAGUGGUGGCCUUCCCCCGAAGAAAUUUGGUAAUCCUGGGGAGCGUUUACGGAAAAAGAAGUGGGAUUUGAGUGAGCUCCCCAAGUUUGAGAAGAAUUUUUAUGUUGAACAUCCAGAAGUGGCAAGGCUGACUCCAUAUGAGGUUGAUGAGCUACGCCGAAAGAAAGAGAUUACAGUUCGAGGGGGAGAUGUUUGUCCUAAACCUGUCUUUGCCUUCCAUCAUGCUAACUUCCCACAAUACGUAAUGGAUGUGUUGAUGGAUCAGCACUUUACAGAACCAACUCCAAUUCAGUGCCAGGGAUUUCCAUUAGCUCUUAGUGGCCGGGACAUGGUGGGCAUUGCUCAGACAGGCUCUGGGAAGACAUUGGCGUAUUUGCUACCUGCAAUUGUUCAUAUUAACCACCAGCCAUACUUGGAAAGGGGAGAUGGCCCAAUUUGUCUAGUUCUGGCUCCUACCAGAGAGCUUGCUCAGCAAGUACAGCAGGUAGCUGAUGACUAUGGCAAGUGUUCAAGAUUGAAGAGUACUUGCAUUUAUGGAGGUGCUCCUAAAGGCCCCCAGAUUCGAGACUUGGAAAGAGGUGUUGAGAUCUGCAUAGCUACUCCUGGACGCCUGAUAGAUUUCCUGGAGUCAGGAAAGACAAACCUUCGCCGCUGUACUUACCUUGUUCUGGAUGAAGCUGAUAGAAUGCUUGAUAUGGGCUUUGAACCUCAGAUCCGUAAAAUUGUUGACCAAAUCAGGCCCGACAGGCAGACAUUGAUGUGGAGUGCAACCUGGCCAAAAGAAGUAAGACAGCUUGCAGAGGAUUUCUUGCGUGAUUAUACUCAGAUCAACGUGGGGAAUCUGGAGUUGAGUGCCAACCACAACAUCCUUCAGAUUGUGGAUGUCUGCAUGGAAAGUGAAAAAGACCACAAAUUGAUCCAACUGAUGGAGGAAAUAAUGGCUGAAAAAGAAAAUAAGACCAUAAUAUUUGUGGAGACAAAAAGACGCUGUGAUGACCUCACUCGAAGGAUGCGCAGAGAUGGUUGGCCAGCUAUGUGUAUCCAUGGAGAUAAGAGUCAACCAGAAAGAGAUUGGGUACUUAAUGAGUUCCGUUCCGGAAAGGCUCCCAUCCUCAUUGCCACAGAUGUAGCCUCCCGUGGGCUAGAUGUGGAAGAUGUCAAGUUUGUCAUCAACUAUGACUAUCCAAACAGCUCAGAGGAUUAUGUGCACCGUAUUGGCCGAACAGCCCGAAGCACGAACAAGGGCACUGCUUAUACCUUCUUCACCCCAGGGAACCUAAAGCAGGCCAGAGAACUGAUCAAAGUGCUUGAAGAGGCCAAUCAGGCUAUCAAUCCAAAACUGAUGCAGCUGGUGGACCACAGAGGAGGCGGCGGAGGAGGGGGUAAGGGAGGUCGCUCUCGGUACCGGACCACUUCUUCAGCCAACAAUCCCAAUCUGAUGUAUCAGGAUGAGUGUGAUCGGAGACUUCGAGGAGUCAAGGAUGGAGGCCGGAGAGACUCUACAAGCUAUCGGGAUCGUAGUGAGACCGAUAGAGCUGGUUAUGCUAAUGGCAGUGGCUAUGGAAGUCCAAAUUCCGCCUUUGGAACACAAGCAGGCCAAUACACCUAUGGUCAAGGCACCUACGGGGCAGCUGCUUAUGGCACCAGUGGCUAUACGGCCCAGGAAUAUGGUGCUGGCACUUACGGAGCUAGCAGCACCACCUCAACUGGGAGAAGUUCACAGAGCUCUAGCCAGCAGUUUAGUGGGAUAGGCCGGUCUGGGCAGCAGCCACAGCCACUGAUGUCACAACAGUUUGCACAGCCUCCGGGAGCUACCAAUAUGAUAGGUUACAUGGGGCAGACAGCCUACCAGUAUCCCCCUCCUCCCCCUCCUCCUCCACCUUCACGCAAAUGAGGCCACUUGAGGUGGGGCAACUUGUGCAGACUUACAUUUAAAGGAACAUUGUCUUUCCUUUUUUUCUUCUUCCCCUUUAUUUUUUUAUUUUUAUUUUUUUUCUCCCAACCAUUGUGAUUUGCCCUUUCAUGCAGAUUAGUUAGAAUUCACUGCCAGGUUUCUUCUCUCUGCCAAAAUGGUCCAGUCUGUAAUAACAGAUUUUAUAUUAAAAAAAAAAAAGCAUAUAUAUAUAACUGACUGGAAGAGAUUAAUUUCUUCCCCCAACUUUGCAUGUUGAGGAUAUUUGAGCUAUUUUUCAUCUUAAAAGAAAAAGUAAGGUAUUAGGCCCUCUCGUAGGAGCCAGUUUUUCCUUGUCCUGAGUUGGUGGGGAGGGAAGAGGGGAAGGGCUGAAUUGUUCUGCAGAAGAAAAUGCCAUCUGUGUCGUAAAUGUUCUCAUCCCUGGGUUAAAAAACGGGUUUUGCUGCGCAUUGCCCAUAAUGGUUUUUAACAUCUCUCAAGUUGGGUUCGGUUCCUUGGUUUUUAAGACAGUGCUUUACCAUUGUCAUUUUGGCUCAUGAUGGCUUAAGUGCAUUUGAAAAUUAAAAUUUCCAAAUUGGUUUUGUAUCCCUUAUACUCUGCUUUCCCUCUCUCCCCUCCCACUUACUUGAAAAAUAGCCAGUUUAGUGUCCAUUUAGAAACUGAAUUGCUAAGUCUACCUGUAUCUUUUAAAUGAACUGCAAGCAUUUCUCACACUGGUUAAAUUGUAGCAUCUCAGCAUCUGGGUGGAAGCUACCUAAUUUUCUUCCCCAUAUAACCUGGGGAAAAUAUGAAAUUCAUUUUCUAGCCAGACAGCUGCUGUGAGCAAACAAACAUACGUAAAUGCUCACUGGAAAUUUACUUUAUUAAAACAGUUGAGUCUACGUUCACCUGCAAUAUAAGAAGCACCUUUAUUGUGUAUUCGAAAUGGGCAGAUUUUUGUUUUAAACUCAGUAUUUUGUAGAGGUAGAGUAAGAGCAGCUCUUUGCCAGCCUCUCUACCCUUUUGGCCAAAUUUUCUUGAGCAAAGACUACAGCCCUCUAGUCUCCCUUUUGUCCUCUGCAGUGCUGUAUAACUGCUUCUGGGUGCACACUGUCCUCUGCAUAUUUCUGCACUCAGCUCUUCACAGGUAGGUAGUACUUAGGAAAUGGUCUGGAGGACUAGAACCUAAGUUUGUUUUUUUUAACUUUUCCUCCAAAUGAAGGUAGGUGAAUUCAUCCCCUUAGUAAUACUAACUUGUGGAGACUUCAUACCAGGUGGACCUGGAAAGGAUUUUCUGCUCUUCGUUUACCGGAAACAGGACAGGGCAGUCAGUCCCAGAAUCCUUUUCGAGAUCCAGUGUGAUGGGACUGUUAAAGUUUUUGCACUGGUACCAGUAUUGUUUGCACGCAUUGCAAUUAAAGGGGGAAUGGAUCCACUGUGUUCUUUGGCUGUGGCCUGAGAGUGCUUGCUGGUUUGUAAAGUCUAAAUAUUGAAAAACUUCAGGUUUGUUUUUGUCUUCCCUUUAAAAUCCUUCAGGGAGAGAGAAGGGAUGGUUUCUGAGGGGUUGUGACAGUAUGGUUCAGUGUGCAACAUACAGGUAGGUUAUCAGCAUAAGCUGAAAUGUUUGCAUGUUAAAACCUUUGACAUCCUUUUUUGUUUUUCACUUCCUUCUUCCUUUUCUUUUUGUUCCCCCAUCUUGAAGUUGAGGCCGAGGAAAGAUGGUAGGAAUAGAAGAAAUGUGGCAAAACUGCUCUGUGCUUUCAAAUUCCAAGCCAAAGUGCUGUUGCUGCCCCCCCCCCCCAAAGGUGUCUUAGGUACUGACCAAUCUGUUGUGGACAUUUGUUUCUACCACUGAUUUCUGAUAUAUUUUUUGUUAAAUCUAGAGAUUCUACCAUAAGAGAUGUUCUGCUCUAUUGCAGCUCCUACAAACAUCCAUUUCAGGGCAUAGUCUUGGUACGCAAGCAGCAUCUGGAAUGCUUGCUUCCCCUUUCCUUCAGGGACAUUUAAUUAUCAAAAUAACAGCAAAUUCCAAAUUUCAGCAUACUUUUUUGUGAUCUGAAUACAGCUGAAGUCUAGCAAAAUUUUUCCUGUUGACUCUAAGGUAACUUUUACCUCCUUGUCUGUCAUAAGUCAAGUUCUGCUCUUGCUUCAAAACGAGCAGAUAAGUCCUCAUUUGGUGCAGUCAUGGUUGAAAUUUACUUAGCAGAGGGUUUCAGUAUUAAGCUAUGGGCUGCUUCUCCCCAGUCUCCCUUGCAAUUCGUUGUGCUGGACGUCUUUCAUCUAAAAGGUUAGUGGCUUUUGCUUGGGAUCAGUGUGCUCUACUUAUGUCCUUGCUGGUCUCUGAACACAUUCCUUUUGUGUUAAGACUUGAAAGAUUUGUAGAUGUGUGAUGUUCAGGUGCAGGAUGUUAAGAGCUAUGUUACUAUUCUUAGUUUGUAAAUUCUUUUGAUACCAUCUUGUUUUCUUUUGUAGGUAUAAAUAAAAACACUGUUGACAAUAA